AUGUGGAAUUUCUCAAAUUCCUCUAUAACUGCCAUUCUGAUACUGUCAUGUAUAUUGGUAAUGGUUCAGUGUUCUCAAGAUGAAGGAGAAACGUUGAUGAGAUCCAAACGAUCCUAUUAUGGAGGAUAUGAUAUGUAUGGUGGUUCUUGUUGCAGUGACGAUUUCUGGUAUGCCGGAAGGAUUAUUGGGAUCAUUGUUGGCAUUCUGCUGUUGCUUUGCUGUUGCUGCCUUCCGUGUGUUUGUAUUGCUGGAAUUUGGUUCGCUGGAUGUUUAGUCUCCUCUCCAAUCAUCACCAACCAAUCUCCACCUGCUCCUAUCCCAAUUUCUUCUUCUUCCUAUCCAUCCGAUAAUAUUUCUGGUAAUGCUAAUUAUAAUCCUGUCAUCCGCCAACAACGUCAAAUCCACGUGGAUUCCUCACCUAGAGAUUCUGAAAUUUCCCGUGUCAUGGUACCUGGCGAUCAGGUGAUCUAUUCGGCCGAAGACCGCUACUACACCUCUUCCACAGCUCCGGCUGGAGCUCAUCGACCUGAUGCUUAUAAUGUUUCUCGCUACUAG